GAUCCGUUCCCAUAAUGCCUCGGUGUAGUCUCAGCUGAGCGGAGAGAUUCCGGCAGAUUCCUGUGUCUUCCGCUUAGUGCUCUGCUCCUCGUCUGAGUUCAUGAUUAACUGAUCUGACAGCAUUAAACCUGAGGGAAAGGAGAUCCGUUCACAGCAUGUGUGUCCAGUGGAAGUAAGAAGGAACUGAGAGGAGACAUGCUCGCAACACAGCUCCCUGACUCUGUCCUAGAGGCCAAAAAUGUCAUACAGUGGAUCAAAGAGAAGAUAGCACAGACGCUGAAGACGCUGCAGAAGCGCUACGUGACCACCGAUGCACCGGUGACCAGCGAGGACUCUGAGGCCAACCAGCUCUGCUGUGCUCUGGAAGCAGUGUUCAUUCAUGGCCUCCGGAGUAAACACAUCCGCGCAGAUGGAACAGGAGCGCGCAACCGCAAAGGAGGCUCACUUCCUCAGCCCGUCUUCUGGAACCUGCUUAAGACCAUCACUCACAGAAACGUGAUUCUGGAGCUAGAGGGCCUGAGCUUCAUCAACUCUGACGUAGGCCGGUGCAGGGCAUGGGUGCGUUUGGCACUGAAUGAUGGACUAUUGGAGUGCUACAUGAUAUCACUUCUCCGUGAGGGCACCAAGCUGGGGGCCCACUACCAGCCUGGUGCACUGCUCCUUGACCCUGAGGAGCGUGAGGUGCUACUCAGCCUUCUGCAAGGCCUGGCCUCGCUUGCUUUCCAGCUCUCCUACAAAUCUGCAAUGCUCAAUGAGUGGACCACCACACCGCUGGCACUUGCCGGUCUAUGUCCACUGCUGCCUACUGAUGAUUUGGGGCCUCCCUCUUCACGCAGAGAAUCCUGGGAUACAGCAUCACAGUCAUCUGGAUCCGGGGGCUCGGGGAGAGGUCAGGAAGGCAGGACACCCUCAGACCUCAGCCUGGACACAGCUGGCUCUUGCCAUCUCUCUUCCAGCUUUGGCUCAGAAAGAGAGAGCUGGAGCUGCCAAACAGAGAACAAGAGUGCACUUGGAGAAACGAGUAGCUCCUCUAGCCAAGAUAUAAUAAAAGACCUUGAUGUGCUUAGCCCUGCUGCAGACAGAAUGAUUGAGUCCUCUCCUCACAGCAGUAGUGAUGAAGACUCCUCUAACAAACAGGAUGUACACCAAGUGCUUGAAUGUUCCAUGGAUUCAUCUAUCCCCAACGCACACUCAGUUGUUUUGGAGAGAGAGCCAUCAGGAGAGGAAUUAGCAGAGCCUGCAGCUGCUCUUGUAAAUAUAAGACCAAUAGACGUUGAGUCUCGCAUCAUAGAAGAUCAGAAGCAGGAUGAAGACUCUCCUGCUGUUUCCUUUGAUACUUCCACUCCUAUGUUAACCUGUCAGGUUCUGACUUCUGACUCAUUGGCUCCUGACACUCUUGCUCCAUCGAUUUCUAGUGAUGUUGAGCUGGUAAAAAACUCAGAGAAUGCUUCUUUCCCUCACACUUCUAAUGCUCUGAGCAGGAAAACAUCUGCAGGCUCUGUCUGUUCUCAUCAAAAAUCCAGGUCUUGGAUCUCAGAGGAGGAUAUUUAUAAGCCAGAUACUUAUGCAAGUGCAGAUUCUAAAGAGCCUGAUGGUGUUGUAGAAUUUGCCCAGCUUAAUGGAACGGUAUCUCCUGUUGCUGAACCUGAAUCCCACCAAUCUCCACCUAGUGUGGUUCGUCGUAGACAGAUCGGCUUGUCAAACCCGUUUCGAGGUCUUCUAAAGCUGGGCCAGCUGGAACGGCGUGGUCCUAUGGGUCUGUGGCGUGCAUGCCACUGUGAGUUGUCACCAUUUGAGCUUCGCCUGUAUGCUGACGAUGAGGAGCGUAACAUCUGUGAAAACCGCUCACUGCUGCGCUGUGAGGAUGUGCACCUGGGCUCCGAUGGCCGCUUCCAUCUCGAAUUCUCUGGAAAGAAGCUCCAGUUGCGGGCACCGAGCAAAGCCGAGGCUGAGGACUGGGUGGAGCGCAUAUUAGAGGCUGUGAGCAAUGUGCGGCACCAACCGCUUGAUGACUGGGAUGACCUCUCGCCCUCGAUCAUGCCUGUGUCUAUACCCACUGAGCCAUCUAAUCUGCCUGUGAUAGACUGGAACAGGCCCUGUGAGCUAGAACCAGAUGCCAUAAAGGAGACGGUGGUGCUUCUGAACCGGGAGGAGCAAGGUUGGCGUUUGAUGGUGCUCUCUCUCUCGCUGGAGCUGUUUCAAGGUUUUUCAAUGCAGAAUGGGUGUAAAACACGCCUUUUCUCUUAUGGCAUCGAUGCUGUGCGGGAUGUGGUGCCUGCCGUGGCGCUGGGCGGCCCUGCCUUCUUUAAGGUGCUGACCGCAAAGGAGACACUAACGGUGCAGGCCGAGAGUGGCGAGGAGGCACGGGCCUGGAGGAGCAUUAUCCGAGAUGCGCUGGAUGCAUACCUGGAGGAGGACAAUGAGACAGGAGGUGAAAUCACAUCUCUGAGUGGAGGCAACAUCCACAGACUUGUUCAGCACAGGCUGAAGGGGGAUGCGGUGCUUCUGCCCUAUCUGACAAUCGUCCCUAAAGAAAAAGGGCUAAAUGCACAGAACUUCAAAUGUGCAGGCUGUCUGAGGCAGAUUGGUGUUUCUUUGGGACGAGCCAGGCUGUGUGAGUUCUCGGGUCAAUACUACUGUGAUACCUGUCACCAAGGUGACACCACCAUCAUCCCCUCUCGCGUUGUGCACAACUGGGAUCUCACCGCACGUGAGGUCUCCAGGCAGGCCUUGAAGCUGCUGACUGACAUUGAGCAGGAGCCCUUGCUCAAUCUUGACCUCUUAAACCCUGACUUGUUUGAUCACAGUGAAACCAUGGCAACAGUGCAACACUUCAGGCAGAGACUCCGCCUUCUUGGAGAUUACCUCCUCACCUGUCGGAGUGGAAUCCGGAAAAAAGUGGAGGCCAGGUUGAAGCAGAGAACCUACCUAUUGGAGUCAAGUGAUCUAUAUAGCGUGCUGGACUUCAGGCAGAUAGCGGACAGCCAGUACGAGUCCUUCCUGCAGUCUCUCAUCCAGUUCUCCUGCAAGCACGUGCAUCAUUGCGACCUCUGCACUCAGCGAGGCUUCAUCUGCCAGAUCUGCAACGUGGACGACAUCAUUUUUCCUUUUCAGUUUGACACCACCUCUAGGUGUAAGGCAUGCAAAACAGUUUUCCACUCCUCCUGUAAAGCCCAGAGUGUUACCUGUCCUCGCUGUGAGCGUCUGCAGAGAUAUAAAGAGCGAGACCUUCUUGAAUAAAUCAUGCGUCCUGCUAUAUUUCCCACACUCCCAGCUUAUGUUCCUUACGACCACCACUAGCUGUGACAUGAUUGCUGCAGAGCUCAACCAGGAUCAUGGAGUCUAAUUUGAAUAUAUUUAUUUACACUGCCUUAAGUGCACUUAUUUAAUACAUAUGUACGUAUAAACUCACCAUACGCACCUAUAAUGGAUAGACACUUUGACUUUUGAUUUUUUUUUUUUUUCUUCUUUUCAUCUCAUUAACAUAUGGUUUUUCCAGGGUUUUAUUAUUAGUGCUUUGUUUUGUUUUUUUAUAUAUAUAUAAAACAUUUUGCUAAGGAACCAUGUUUAAGAAACACACGAAGCAGGGUUUUGCCAAGGAUCAAAGCCCCCCUGUUUUGAUAUGGCUACACUUCUACAUUUAUGUGUAUGAAAAGCAUGGUUUUAUAAUAGGACUCUAUCUUAAUGAUGCUGUUCUUAAUGGAAUUGAAGAUUUGUUAUAAUGUGGCAGCAACAUUGUAGCGUUCUACUCUUAUUUACAUUUUAAUUUAUACAUAGAACGGUCCUAAAACUCAUCUUUUCGUUUUUGUUCUUAAUGCUUAAUAUUGUUCCUACCGAUUUGUAUGAUUUGUUUUUAAAUCAUUCUGCCAAAAACGUGAUUAUACGAAUGAUAACAUUUUGUACACUGUCACAUAACAACAUCAUUCUUUUCACAAUUAUGUUUUUUAUUACUAUUGCCAAGUAAUUAAAAGGGAAUUACUCGGUUCAAGCAGUAUGCAAUGUUUUACCCCUCAUGAAGAAUUAGCUGAUUCUGAAUCUUGAAUAGGUCUAAUCCACUUGUUUAGUGCACUACAGAGGGUGUAAAAGCUAUUAGUUCCCUGUAGAACACUGCAUAGAAAGUAUGGAACUAUUCUAGAUUUGUUUCUGAUUUUGCUUGUACUGCACACUUCCUGGUUUAUUUGCCAAAUUAAUUACUGUUUAUAUGAAUGUUAUUUGCACAACCUUAUGAUCCGUUGCCUAUUUGAAGUUGACACUGUGUUUUCUUUUUGGUUUGUGGUCAUGUGUUUGUCAUUGCAUCACACUCUUGCUUGGGCUUACUGACUUGGUUGGAAUUUUGUAAAAAAUUUUUGUCUUGAACAUGUGACUGUCUUGUUAGUCAGAUGUUCAGUGUCUUUAUUAAUGUUUUUAUUAGUGUAAUUACCGCUGUUUUAUUUGGCUCACAGAAAUGUCUUAAACUUUACAGGAAAUUCUAACUCUGUACACUUGUUGAUUUUAAAAUAAUUUAUUUUAAAUAAAAUUUUGUAAAUGAU